AUGGUCAACCCACAGAUCACCAACUUGGUGAUCAUGCUUGGAAUGAUGCAAGUCAGCAAGAAGAUACCAUUCGAGGAUCCGAACGUUCUCAUGGGCGUGCGCGCCCUAUACAUCGUCUCGAACCUCUUGAUAUUUGGAGUGUAUUACUACAUCACCACCAAAAUACAAAGAAAGAAGGGUAAGGAGCUGGAAGGUGGUGGGCUAUCAAGCUACGUGCUCGUGUUGCUCCUAUACAACAGAGAGGCAACGCCUGAUAUCUCCGCCAAUAGAGUACGAACUUGGCUGAGAAUACUGCAGACCUGA